AGUUCUCCCUUCGCAAUCAACGUUGUCGCACGUGAGUCCGUAUUCGUCGUCGUCGCUUACGCCGUAGCCGAGUUAACUACGGGGUGAUAUUUUGGAAGAAUUCGUCGCCAUAUAUCGGAUCGUGGAAGUGGAACCACCAGCAGCAGCAGAAGCGUAGUAGAAGUGCGGCGUGUUUUGUUGUGCAGUCUCUUUCGUUCGAAAGGGGACUCCUCGCCGAUAAUCACCGCUUCUUCCGUCCUAAACCGACCUGACCUUGUCGAGCGAGGCCAGAAGUGGGUUCAGAACACCGCACGCGUGUGUCCUCCACAAACCUCAACCAUCGUUCGUCGUCGCGCGGAUCCAAGACCUAGAGUCUUCUCGUUCGUCUUUCUGUCUCGGAGCCGUCGUUUGCUUUCGCGAUCAUUAGUCUGAAUGAUUGUUUAUUUUGUGCAAUUUCGAAAAGAAAAACCAAAAUGCUUUAAUUAAUUUAAUUAAAAUCCCCACUCAUUACUGUGUGUGAGAGUGUUCGCUCCUUGGUGUCUGCAAAUAUACAGAGAGCUCUUCCUGUGCCAUACCGCACGGUUUAUGUGCUUUGUGAGUUUAGUGCUAUUGUGUCUCGACGAAGAAGAGAAGAGCGAAGAACAGGAGCAGGGCCAAGUGUUUGUGUUGUGAUACCUCAAAAAUCGUUCUAACGGCCAGCAAGUAGCAGCAACCCGAUCCACGCGCGCACUGCCGUCGAACAACCUCAGCGCCAGCCGUCGUUGCAGCAAUAUAUCCCAUCGCUCGAAAAGGAACUCGAGUAGCCGAGGCAAAAAGUUACACUUCAUCUCUGCCGAGCUGAUCCAAUCAAAACGUGUGCGGGGGAUCGGAGAAGAAACCAAAGUCGGUGGCAAUUGUCACUGAGAUCAUAAAAAACGAACCGAGCGAUGAAAAGUUGUCCCCCGAUUCCGUUUGCUGGUGGCGCGGAGAUUGUUAAAGAGAAAUAAUAGCAUUCCCCCCUUCGCGAUACACAAGAAGGACAGCGAGUUCGACGAGGCGGGAGAAGACGCAGAAGAAGAAAAGAAGACAAAGUUGGGAAGAAGUUUCAAGUGAAAAUAUUUAUAUGAUUUUAAUGAGAAUCAAGAUAAGAAAUAAUAGUUGGAAAAUAAUAAAUAAAGGCAAACAUUAGCUAUCGAGUCGAAGCCUGGGCAGACUCCCGUUGUCUCUGUAGUGUUUCCAAGUGAAGUCCAAGAACGGGUUGCACUCCGGUGCUAGUUGGUAGUGAAGUUCAGACAGUCUCCCUAGGCGCGCGCCAAACCCGCAGACGACGCCGGAAAGUGUUUUGUGUUGUCACAUUCACGUAGACGUGGACUUGGCGGUAAACGUCCACCUACAAACGUCUCUCCACGGCUACAGCACCUGCAGUAUACAGAAGAAGCAUCUAGCGCCAAAACAGCAGCGUUCAACCGGCAGCCAGAGACCGCGCGCGCAAAUUGCUAAAAUGAAAUAUAUUUCGCGAAAAUUGAAAUUUAUUUAGAUACAGAUAAAAGGAAGUGCGGCGCGAGACGAAGCCGAAGUGAGGCAAAAAAAUAGAAAAUUAUUUAUAAAUAAUAGCCGCGUGAAAAUAACAGCCAGAAGCGGCAAACGGCUUCGAAAAAAGAACAAAACUCCCACCGUGCAAAAAAAACACGAGGGGGAUUGAAGCGUUAUUGUGUUUUAGAAAAGAGAAAAAAAAGUGAACCGAGAAAAACCCCAGCAAGAAAAAUAGUGACGGAAAAUCUAUCAAUUUUAUCGGGCAGGCAACCUCCCCAAACCUCGUCCCGUCCGAUUCGCAACGAAGUUUAGCCAAUACAAUCAAUAAAAUAACGAGCAGUUCAGCGCGUCCGUUAUUGCGAACAGGCUUCGUUCAAGUACGGGGGCAAAAAAAGUGUGCAUCUAAGUGAUUGAAAAAUUGUGCAACCUCGAAACAGCGAUCCGAACCUCGGUCUAAUCGGGCUAAUGUCCUGAUUUCGCGCGCUCCGUUAGUGUUACAAAGAAGAAUUACAGUCAGUGUUGGCUCCGGCGUAACAUCGUCGUCAACCCCGUCCCAGAAAUUGUUGCUACGGUCCCGCGGGAACCGGCCUGCAACGUGAAGAACCGAAAACAAAAAGCCGUCAAGCUGGCCGCGUCAAUAGCAAUGAACCCGCACUACCAUGCGUACCCGGAUCUGGGUUCUUCGCCGCAUUCGCCCAGUCCGGACAACAACAACUACCCGCAGCUGGGGCCACAUCACAAUGGCCACGGCGGUGGGGGCGGAGCGCCGGGCAAUCCGAUGGGGGUCAGCCAGAUGGACAGCCAGGCGGCCGGGUUUCACGGUAUGGGCAAUGGAGGCCCCGGGGGUGGUCCCGGCGGCCCGGUCAAACACUGCGGGGGAUGUGGAGGCAAAAUCACAGAACGGUUCUUCCUGCACGCACUCGAUCGGUACUGGCACAACUCCUGUCUCAAAUGCUCCUGCUGCGGUGCCAUGCUAGCGGACAUCGGUUCCAGUUGUUACACCCGCAGCGGAAUGAUCCUCUGUAAAGCAGACUACUCCAGGUUAUUCGGAACAGGAGCCUGUUCCGCCUGUCACCAAACGAUACCCGCCAACGAAUUUGUGAUGCGAACGACCUCGCACACGACGAUAAACAACAACCUGAACAACGCCAGCAACCAAAACGGGGCGAACAACAACAACAACAAUGGCCAGGCCGUCCCCCAGCAUCACGUGUUUCAUCUCAAGUGUUUCCAGUGCUCCAAGUGCGGGUGCCAUCUGGUGCAAGGUGACCGGUACUACAUGCUGGGCGGAAGUUUAGUGUGUGAACAGGACUGGCACAAGCUGGUCAAGAGUUCCAACGCCCAGACGAAUCCCCCGCUCCGCAAGGGCAAGGUCGGAAGACCACGGCGGUCGCGAGACUGAGAUGGACCCCGGCUGGGUCGUCCGCCCAAGGUGAAACGUCCACCGGUGGGAAUCGACGAGACGCCCAGCACAAGGACAGCUGCGACGACACCGGCUGCCCUGUUGGAUGAUCUGGAGCUUACCGCGCAACGGAAUCUAGCCCUAGCUCGUCUAAACUCUUCGCCUCUGCCACCAAUCCAAA